GAUGCACUUUCGAUUACUUGUCACGCCUGUUCUGAGUGACGUUUUACAAUGACAGUUUCAGGGACUUUGUAUACUCCAGAAGGGUAUCAUAGAUCUUGGAGGGCCCAGAUUGCAGCCCAAUUUAGUGGUUGCACAUUAAAAAUUGUCAAUUUCAUUCCUGGUGUGACCGAUAAGGACAAAAAGUUCUUGGAAAAGUUCCCUCCUGCAACUGUUCCGGUUUUUGAAGCUGAUGAUGGUACAUGUCUUUUCGAUGUGAAUGCCAUAGCCUGUUGUUUGGGAACCGAUCAGCUGAGAGGCGGUAAAAAUACACACUUCGUCACACAGUGGGUCAAUUAUGCAGAUAACAACAUCCUGCCGUCUGUCGCUACCUGGGUUUAUCCUUGUCUUGGUAUUACCCAGUUUAACAAACAAAACACAGAGAAAGCCAAGGCUUGUAUUUCAUCUGUGCUUAAGUUUCUGAAUGAGCAACUUAGUAAGAUAACUUUCCUUGUUGGUGAUCGGUUAUCUCAAGCUGAUAUUACCGUCUUUACAGCUUUGCAUCCAUUGUUUACUCAUGUUUAUGAAGAAAAUGAUCGAAAAUCUUAUCCUCAUGUCGUACGUUGGUAUACAACCAUUGCCAACCAACCAGAGGUUUUGAACGUUGUUGGACCGUCUACGUUUUGUGUUAAGGCGGCUCAGUUUGAUGCCAAAAAGUACGCUGAGCUGCAUAAAAAGUCCCACGAAACCAAUCAGCCGAAAGUAGCGGUGAAAGAAAAACAGAAAUCUGAAACUCCUGUUAAGAAGGAAAAGCCCAAAGAUUCCAACGAAGAUGAAAAACCCCCAAAACCAAGCAAAAGUCGGCUUGCAAGUCUCCCUCUUGGAAAAUUUGGUAUGGAUGCAUUCAAAAGAGUGUUCAGCAAUAUGGAUAAAGAAGAGGCGGUCUCAUAUUUCUGGGACAAUUUUGACCCAGAAGCUUAUUCUAUCUGGAGCUGCAGUUACUUAUUUUCUGACGCGCUAACUUUAAUGUUCAUGACGGGUAACUUAAUUGAGGGCUUUUUCCAACGAGCAGAGAAGUAAGUUUUUAUGUUGGCGUAAAUAUGUUCUUUUUGCCAUCGACUUUAUUUGAUUGUUCUCAUAGAUAUGUGAGGUUAUUUUUCAGCCUAUAAUUGGGUCUGUUAGUGUUUUUGUAGUGCCUCAGAUUCGUUUACACUUUAAGUUAAUGUUCUACUGAAUCACUACAUUUUUCUUUCAGGAUGUCAAAGUAUGCGUUCGGUAUCAUGCGCAUAUUUGGCGAGGAUAAUAAUAAUACAAUUAAGGGUGUCUGGGUUUGGGCGGGAACUGGUUUAAUUUUCGAGUUGGACGAAGAUUUGCAGACAGAUUACGAGUCUUACAGUUGGGAGAAGUUGGAUCAUAAUGCAGAAAGUACCAAAGCUCUUGUACAUGAAUAUUUUACUUAUAAACCUGAAGACGGCAAACGCAAUCAAUGCAAAAUAUUUAAAUGAGAAAUAAAGUCUUUUCUGGGUGAAUAACCUCUUUUCGCUAACUGCUAUGUGUUUGCAUACUGUUGUCACUAUCGAAUCCUGACUUUGCGUCAAGUUAGCAGGAAUCUAAAGUUAUGUUUAUUAACGGCGUAUAAGGAGCUUAGUGAUAUUGUAUAUGUAAGCGCGUGUAUAUAAUCGUCAACCACCUUAAGCGAAGGUCGUUAUUUUAAGCAUUCCCAUAAAUAUCCCAUGGUUAGUUUUCUUUCGUAACAUUCUGAUGGUCUGAGUUGAUUAAUCCUGCAUAACUUUUGGUUGUACCAAUCAUUCUUUGCUGUUUGCAGAAGAAUUAUUGAAUUACGGUUACUGAGUCCAGUAGUUAUGCAAGUGAAAAUAUUUGUGCUGUGUGUAUUAGUCUGUUAGAUGAUUAGUGGUAGCUGGUUAUCGCAAGGCUAUGAGUUUUUACUCUAAUUAUAGUAAUUUUCAUGGCUCAAUCAAAUGGUCUAGUUCAUUGUAUAUAUAUUGAAUCAGUCUUUGUGGACAUCAGAGGUCGGUAUCGAUCGAGAUAUAGGUUGUGUGGUAAGUAUUCUAUAUCGAAUGAAGCAAAUCUUUCUGAAGCUACGACUGACAGUUGGUUAAGUAAGUAGGUAUCAUAGUUCGGUUGUUUAUUUUGAACCGUCUUUGAAUUGUAAAGCAGAAAUGUACAUAUGUGUGUUCUGUAUAUGCAUCAUCUACGCAUUACAAACCAAGACUAGAUCAUGUUGCGUCGACUAAGACGACGACGUUGAUUAAAACGUUUUUUAAUGAACUACUAUUAUGACUGCGUUAGGAGAUAUUUUCAUGGUUAAAUAUCCAUUAUAACAUCGUCGUUCUUCUAAAAGUCAUCCACCGGAAUUUGGUAACAGCACUUGUAAGGCUAUUGAUAUUUUCAUGUGUUCAAGCGGAACAUGUCUUUGGAGAGUUUCUGGGUUCGAAUCUCGGAUGAAGUGCUAUUUAGACUGCCGAUGAUCUGACUGGUUUGUAUAUAAAGCAUUAUCUUGUAAUUAUCAAUAGGAUUGGCUGUCAUUUUACAAUUUAUAUGAUCUGAUUUCUAACAACAAUAUCAUAUGGGACUAUAUGCCUACGAAAAAUAAAGGGUAGACGUACAACAACUCAAGCAGAUGGGACAUGUUGAAGUUAUGAGGUAAUACCAAAGUCAACAUAUAAAGACAAAGAGUGAGUGUAUCUACGCCAUUGUAACCAACGUUGAGUCAUGUAGCUUAAGAUUUUCAGCCUUAGUUUAUUAUUAUUUCAUGGAUACUGACCAUGUAGUCUCCGUAUCUUGACAUAGCCUUGGUCUGGAGUUGAUGACUUUACGAACUGAUGUUAUGUCCUCAUCUGCCCCUCACCUUUUCUGAUGUUAUUUUUCUAGUUAUUGACAUAAGACUUAAUAGACGGUGGCUGUAUAUGGGUAACCCAUGUCUAAACCAGUAUGGCCGAGUGACAGUGGACUCGAAUUGUAAUGUACGUGAAAUAUUAAGCUUAUAAGGUAGGAGAGUUGUUUACAAUUGAUUGGUCAUUGGUUGUUGUCGUGCCGGUUGUGUUCUACUGAUCCAGUUGCAAUGUGGCCAUUGGUCCAAGUGACUUAACAUCACGUGCACUAUUUUGAGUUGUUAAGUUGUUUGAAGUAGUCUACAGGAAAUCGUGGACCUAUGUUUUGUACUAGUUGGUGCUUGUCAGAAAGUCCCUGUGGGAUUGAAACUCACAUAAUGUGCCGGGUCAUUCUUUUCAAUUAUUUCUAGAUCCAGAUUCUCGACACUUGUUCGUACUUAUUACACUGGUUCUGUUUUACAAUAAGGUGUCGUUUUCUAAUAGGUUUAUUUCGUGCUAAGAUCAGUGAUAAAGUGGCUUGAUCUACUAUUAUUGUAUUUCAUAAAGUUAAUUAUUUAUGUGUAGUCGAUGUAUAUGUUACAUGAAAGCUGUCAGCUCUAAAUGGAAAGGGAACAAAUCGUUGAAUUUUACUAUUUGUUGUGUGGUACACAAACUAAUGUAUGUAAUAGGUUUUUUAUUUAAAAGUAUGUUUAUGGAAUCUUUAUUAUUCGCCGUGUUUCUUUGUUGACAAACCACUAACGACUUUUGGUCUGAUGGAUCUUCAUGAUGAACUUUAUUGCUAUGUAACUUCAAUGCAUAUGAACUUCAAUUGAAUCUUUCCUAGAAUUAGUUCUUAUUGUUACUUUCCAAUACCAUUUAUAUGUCAAACAGGAUAGAUACUAAAAAUGUCUGAUUAUAACCCUACAAUAAAGUAUUCUUAUGGCUUACUGAAAACGCUCAAGAAUAACUCGUUAUAUGAAAGUUCAUUCGUUACCAAAAGACAACUUCCUUGAUU